ACUCGCCGGUCGCCCAGGCUUCGCAGCUAUGGCGCCUCGGGGCCGCGCCCAGCCCCCGGUUUGCCGGCGGAGCCUUAGCUCUUUCCUCCGCUCACUCCGACCGUGAGGAGCCGCGCGGCUCCGAGGGAGCGGGGAACGCGGCCGGCGACGGGGACCAUGAAGAGCGGCCCGGUCCGCGGGGCGGACGGCGGGCGGCGGCGCGGCACCUGCUGAGAGCAGAGGGAGCGGCCCGGCGCCGAGGUGCGGCGGAGGCUGCUCGGCGCCUCGGCCAUGUCGCUGCUCUGCGUGCGGGUAAAAAGAGCCAAAUUCCAGGGUUCACCAGGUAAGUUUAACACAUACGUGACCCUGAAAGUCCAGAAUGUGAAGAGCACAACUGUAGCAGUCCGUGGUGACCAGCCCUCCUGGGAACAAGAUUUCAUGUUUGAGAUCAGUCGUCUGGACCUUGGCCUAAGUGUGGAGGUAUGGAACAAAGGACUGAUAUGGGACACAAUGGUGGGGACCGUUUGGAUUGCACUGAAGACUAUUCGUCAGUCGGAUGAGGAAGGGCCGGGGGAGUGGUCUACACUGGAGGCUGAGACAUUAAUGAAAGAUGAUGAGAUCUGUGGAACCAAAAACCCAACUCCUCAUAAGAUUUUGCUUGAUACACGAUUUGAGUUGCCGUUUGACAUCCCAGAGGAGGAAGCCAGAUAUUGGACCUACAAAAUGGAACAAAUCAAUGCCUUAACAGAUGAUAAUGAGUAUUCUAGUCAAGAAGAAAACCAGAGGAAGCCAUUGCCCACUGCUGCCGCCCAGUGUUCCUUUGAAGACCCUGACAGUGCUGUCGAUGACCGGGACAGUGACUAUCGCAGUGAGACCAGCAAUAGCAUCCCUCCUCCUUACCACACCACUACCCAGCCCAAUGCUUCUGUGCACCAGUUCCCUGUACCAGUGCGAUUGCCACAGCAGGUGGUUCUUCAAGGCAGUUCCCGGGACUCUUGCAAUGAUUCUAUGCAGAGUUAUGACCUUGACUAUCCAGAGCGGCGGGCCCUCAGAUAUCCUCAGAAAUAUAACACUGUAGAUAGGAGGAGGAAAAAACCCAUAUAUAGCCAUUCUGAGGAUAAUGAAGGAUGGCAUUAUAAUACUAAGAUUAAUUCUAAAUGUGCAUAUCCUGAUACUGAGAAUUCUGGCCAUUGUCACAUUGAAAAGAAGAAGCUAAACCAUCAAGUUUUGUGCCCUUACAAAAAUGGAUUUGUGAAGAGUGGCACCUGGAACAAGAACUUGGAAAGCUGUGACUAUGGUUUGCCCUGUUGCUUAAGGAGCCAUGGAAACGCAUCUGGCUCUAGCUCUAAUCUUACUCCAUUAGAUGUUCUUGAUGAUUCUACCAGCAGUACUUCUGAAGAACUUUUAAGCUCUCCCAUUUCUGAUGAGCAGGAAACUAUGUCACCAACAUGGCAUUUAUCCAAUGUCCAUAAUAUAGGAGACUUUUCUGAAGACUAUUGUGUGGCAGAUUCAGCAUUGCCAUUACAAAGGCUGAACUGUGAUACAAAAACAGUUGGAGAUUUGUCCCGAUGCUCCAUGGAAGAUAUGACCCCUUCCUCUGUCGAGGGACCCAAAGAGAACUAUGUUGACACAAUGGAUGAGCUUCAAUGUUUGGUAGAAACAGUGUCAGAGUAUUUAGCAGAGAAGGAAGAAGAGAUUAAUAGAUUUGGUUCCUUUUCAAAAACUAAAAAACUAUAUGAACACAAUACUGCUGUUGAUAAUGCAGAACAGAAACCACCUGAAGAUCAAACAGCACCUUUAACUAUUACUCAGAAUGGCAAGGCCAAGGCCAUAUCUUUCCCUGAACUGAAUGGAGUAAAAUGUGCUGUUGAUUCUUUAUUCAGUUCACUAACAGAAAAGGUGGGUUCAGGCACAAAGCAUCUUACAACCUCUGUGGAAAAACUGGUUCAUUUGGUUCCAGAGAAAACAGAAACUCUUAAUCAAACAGAGACAGUUAAUUUGGGAGCUAGCCCCAGUGCCAACUCAGUAUUAGAGAAGGAUCUUUCCUUACAGUCUUUCUUAUCCUCUCAAACAACUUCUGUUAAGAAUGCUGACAGACAUGGCCGAACCUCUGAGAGAGAGCACCUGGGUAAUAAGACUAAAGUUGAGAGCUUUCAGGACAGUGCAGAAACUAUUAGAAAGGACUCAGCUCCACAAAGUCAGAGUUCAAUUGUGAAGUCUGUUUUCAGCAUGCUGAAUCCAUCAAAGUUAUUUUCUGAGAAAGAGGAAGACCAUUGCAAAUUACCGAGUAGAGAAAGCCUUGUUGGGUGUGGUUCAGAGUCAAGUCAAAGCGAGGACAGAUUUGACAAGCAGAAUAGUAGUCUUGUUGUAAAUAGAAAUCAAAGAGAAACUACAGAUCUCCAAAUGGAAGCAAGGGAAGAUUUGCUGUGCUCACAAGUGGCCGAUGAACCUUCAAACUUAGCUAGUAGUACAGGUAAGAAAGGUGAUAUCGGGAAUUUGUUGGAAGAAAAACCUUGUGUGGAGCUUUCUCUGCCACACUACCAAGCCAGACUAAGUGCUGAAGAUACUAUGGGGCAUCCUGGUGUUGCUGGCACUACCCUUGCAAAUCAAGAGUCUUCUGCAGACACAUUAGAGGAUGAUUUCCUUGAGCCACUCAGAAAAUCAUUUAGUCAGUUCCUGUUUACUUCUCCUGAGAUCUGUCAGAAGGAAACUUUGUCAGAAUCUGUAAAAAGUCUUAAGCUGGAGGAAGGUGGACCAGAAAGGGACACUAAGAAAGAUGAACAUUCAUUUUCCUUUAGUGGAAAACUACAUAUUCCAUUUUUCAGUGUUCUUGGCCAUUCUGAAAAGCAUCAGGGUAUAAAAGAGAAAGGAAGAUUUUUUCCUUUGUUUAAAUCUUCUCCCAUGGACAGUCAUAACACUGUUAAUAACCAGAGUUUUCAUGGCUCAGUAACAACCACUGAUAAAGAGAUCCAACAAAAUUGCCACAUGGAUACCAGACUCUGUUCAGUAAAAUCUGGUUCAUUUCCAGAUAUUCAUAAUGAUCUAGUGAAACUGGGAAGUACUGAGGAAUUCACUAAGAAUGACCAAAUAAAUUGUCCUGAAGAUGUCAAACUUAAUUCAUUAAAAUCUAGUUCAAUCUCAAAAAUUCAUAAUGAUCUAGAGAAAUUUAACAGCAUAGAGGAAUUUAAGAAAGGCGACCAGACACAUUGUUCUGAAGAUGAAAAACAUAAUAGAGUGAAGUCUGACUCAACUUCAAAUAGUAGUAGUGAUUUUGGGAAAUUUAGGAGUUUAGAGGAAUUGAACUCAAGCAGCCAUUUUGAAAAAGCCGACCAUGAAAUUGUGCCCAAAGAACAUGUGACUUUAGGGCUCUCUGGAGAACCUGAGAUUCCUACACAAGUGGCAUUUCCCUUGAUGGCAGACUCUUCAUUGGAGCUUGUCUCUGCCGUUUCAGAAUCCACAUUGGUCAAUGACAUUAAUGAAGACAAACCUGAAGAUAAAACUUCUAGGAAAGGAAUGCAAAAAGGUUUCCUUUCUGGCCUUUUAAGUAGGUUUGCUUUUCUAGAAAACAUGCCUACACAACAGGAAUUAAACUUGAAAAAUGACAGUUCCCACCAUAAAAACAAUACCUCAAGCUCAUUACUCUCUGGAAUAUUUAACUUGAAAUCAAACAGCAGUGUGAAUGAUUAUAAUCCAAAUGAAGCAAAGCUCAUGUCUUUUGAUGACUCAAAAAAUUUGGAUGGUAGUAAGCAUUUAUCCACAGAUAAUGCUGUUGAUUCAUGUGUGAUUUCCAAGAACCAGAGGAGCAAGGUUGAAAACAAUGAAACUUAUACCUUUAUAAAAAGCUCUUUGUCAUUAUCAGAAGAAACCAUUCCAUCAUCUGAUAGUUGGGCUGAUAAUCAUCUUUGCCCUCCUACAUGGAGAAACCAGGAGAGUGAAAAACAUUGCUCUUCUUCUGAAAACAUAUUCCAUUGUACUGACCAGGGUCUCUUAGAGAAAUCUGUGGCUAAGAGGCCAACACCAAACCAUAAUCUUGAAAUAAAACUACAUGAAAGAGCAAACAAGUUAAGUUCAUCAAUACUAAAUACUAACAUUUUAAAUAAGUCAAACCAUUAUAGGGGUUUUGAUGAGGACUGUUUUGAAUGGGAUUCUGAUAUAAAAGAUUUCUCUAAAAACUCCAGAAGACUUCAGCCAGUUUAUCAUUUGUUGAAUCAAAAUACAUUUCCAUCUGCAGAUGCUUUCUUGUGGCCUGACUCAGAAAAUCCAGUAAUAAAUUUGUGCCAAAAAGAUCAUAAUGCAAGUUUAUUUGAGUGGGGCACAAAUCCAAACAGUGUCAUUUCAUGUGACUUACCAUAUGAAUCAUCUGACCAGUUAGCAUUUAAUGAAGGUUACUUGUUAAGAGGUGAUAUGUGGGCAGCCAACUCAUUAUGUGGAAACGCUGGUUAUCUUCCAGUUAAUGAGACCAGGAAUUCACUAGAAGAAUUGCCCAUCGAUUUAAGUUACUCUUCAGACUAUGAUGAAGUUAUGCGCUCUCUGCUGGAACAAGAAUCAGUAAGAAUGGAUGAAAACUUGAUCUUUUCAAGUUUUGGUUAUGAGUAUCAAGAGUGGUUAUCCUAUCUUGAAAGUGGAGUUUGGUGGCCCUCAGAGGAUGGGAAUUAUGGCUAUUAUGUGUUUCAUGACGGUCAGUAUAUAUACUCUUUUCUUACUGAUUCUACUGGGCAGUAUGUAUAUUUAUUUAUACCUGAUUGUUAUUAUGAUUAUUUGAACUAUAAUUUACAAACAGAUGCCCUCCCAAGUAUUAUGUUAGAUGACAGCAUUAUUUCUGCCCAUAGUCUUAAAGUUCUUAACAAGGAAGAUAAUUUGAUAUGGUAUGUUGAAGAGGAACCAAUUGAAGACCCUCUUGAUUUAUCUGUAACUUUGCCAAGAACUGAGAGGUCAUUGUAUGUAAAUCUGGAAACCUUUUCUCAAGUACUUGAGUCAAGUUUUGACCAAAAGGAUACACCGUUAGAUUUUUCAGGCUAUAAUUCUCAAAAAUUUAAAAGAGAUUUUAGAUCUUUCAUAGGGAGACCCUAUCGUUCAGAAGACCUUGAGUGUGUAUUGGAUCUCAGAAACAAGCCAGGAACUAUGAGCAAUCAUGUCUUAAAUAGAGGCCCAAUUAUCGAGAGAGACAUGAACUGGCCCUUAGCUAAAAAGUCGUCAGCUCACCUUUCCAGGCUCCAUUUGCUUCAGUCAUCUUCUGAAGAUGCUUCCUCUUUAUUUCAUCCUGAAAGUACGACUGAAAGUACACAAAAGGAAGAAACAUCUUUAGCGAACAAAUUAACACCUGUAUUUUCUGUUUUGGGUGCCUUGGUUAGAAGUAGUUUGAAUUUUGACAAGAGUGAAUCUGUAGACAAUUUGGUCAUACAGAAAACAGAUCAGCAAUCAGAGUUAUCUGAGCCCAUAUAUGAUGGUCUUCAGCCAUUAAUCUUAAGCAAGCAAUUGUCAUAUAACUCUGCAAAGGAGGACAGAAGUCACCUUGAGGAUUUGGAGAGGCACACGGCAUCCAGUGUUCAGCGACCGGCGUUUACUGACAAUAUAAGGCAAGAACUCCCUUCACAUAAAAAUGGUCAGAUGGAGAAAGAAAGUUUAUUAAAAUCUGGUUUUCAAGUAAGUCAAAAAACUCCUAAAGUUAAAACAGAUGUAGACAAUGUUAAAAUUAUGACAGCAAUGUCCAUUUCAGAUCCUCUUGCAACACAGCUUAGUAAGGAUGAGCAUAAGAAUUCUGAGCUUCUGCAGGACCAGCCUUCCAAGGAGUCUGAGAGAACUUUGCUUAAAAGUGCUCUGAAACUCUUCCGUUGGGAAGAAGAGUCUUCAGUAAGUACAGUGACAAAUGAGAAACAGGCAUCUGGAAUUUUGAACCUCUUUAAAACCCAGGUAUAUAAGGAAGAAUUGUCAGACCUGGAAAAGAAUGGUGAUAAAGGUGGAAAGGUUUCAUCUCAGGAAAAGAAAGAAUCUUCUGGUGUUUCAAUUUUUUUUGGUACCCUUGGGGAUUUCUUUAAAACCAGUGUGUCUCCCAUACAGACAACUGAAAUUAGGUCUGUUUCUUCAGUAAUCGAUGAGGGUGCAGGCAGUUCAAGUCCAAUCCCUGUACACCUAGUUCAUCAGGAUACAGGAAAAAUUUCUUCUCUACCAGUUUUCUCAGAAAAGAAGGUUAGAAUUAGAAGCCUGACCAAACAGACCACUAUUGAUGACAGUGGGCUAAGAGAACCAUCAACCAGGGAGAUGCAGAGUAAUGAUUUGAACAAAAACGAGGUACCUGUGAGAGACCAACAGGUGCAGCCAUCAGCAAGUCCACCUAUUUCAACAGGUAGUCCCAGAGAGUCUCCCAGAGGCUCUUCAAAAGGAACUGGUGCUAUAGCGACAGAAACGGAGGUUCCAAGGAAUAAUAAGUCUUUUGAUGCUCUGAGUAAAGGAAAUACAAAAGAGCAAGAUAACCAAGAAUGGAAAUUUUCAACUGCUACACCUGCAUCUCAACAAAAGCUACCAACCAGAAAGAAUAUAUUUUCUUUCUUAACUGCAUCUGAAAAAUUGAAUAAAACCUCUGCAGCUCCCCCAAACACCAAAUCUCAAGCAGAAGGGCUGUUCACGCUUCCUUCCUUUUUCUCCACGGCUAGCUUGAGCAUCAAGAAGGAUGCCUCUCGCAACAGCUCUGCUUUCAGUUUGUUUAACCUGUCUUUUCUGGAGGAGAAGCAGCAGACCUCUGAGGAGAAGCAAAGCCUUUCAAGUGUUGCCCCAGUGACUGCCCAGCCCUGUAGAAAGCCAGUUGUUUCUGUAGACUCUAGAGACACGAUGACAAAGGAAGGUUCUAAGGGUCAUAAAGAAAGCAUGGUCCAAGAAGUAGUUGAUGAAGAACAAAUGGCUCCUUGUUUAUUUACUAGUAGCACCACUAAACUUACUGCGUCCCUUUCAGAGGAGUUCCACAUAGAGAAAACCCAAGGAAACGUGAGUUCCAGUAAGGAAGGAGCAAAAAGAGCAACUGCUUCUAACUUUCAUGUGAAUCAGUUGCCAGACAAUGAGGUUGCUUUUUUAUCAGAAUUUCAGGAGCAAGCCCUAGGGGUGGCUCCUCAGGAAGAGGAUGCUUCCCACCAAGAAACCUCCCCUAGGGACCCAGCACCUAAGCCUUUUCCUCAUGAGAAUGAUUUGAAUGAGAAGCUCAAUGAUUUAGAUAUUUGUAUUGAACAUCAAAAUGAAAGAUUGAUCACUGACCCAUUGAACUUACCCCUGGGAACUGCCUCUGACAGUCUCUUAGCACAGAUUGUGGAUUCCCCUUCUCCAGAGCCAGGGCAUACAGGGCUCCUUCAGAACAGUGAUGCAGAUAAAUUAGAAGACAAAUCAGGAUUAGGCUCCAAAGUAGAAAUACUUUCAGGGUUUAUGACCAAAGUAAAAUCAUUUUCUGGGUCCUUAAUUGAACAGCCUAAGACUUUUUCUGGACUUUUUUCUACUCCUAAAUCUCCAAAGAAAAAUUCGUUUUUUCCUUUUUCCCCUGAUGCAUCAGCCCAGCCCCUCAAAAGUGAGUUGUUUGGAUUUUUUAGAAGUCCCAAACCAGAGACACAUAAACAAGAACCAUCUGUAACUGCUUCAUGCCUUCAGAGUAGUUGUUCCAGAGAUCCUGGAGGAUCAAUACCUCCAAAAAGCUUGCCUGGAAAAGCUGCCUUUGCACCACUCGAUUCAGAAUCUUCUCUCAGUGCCUGGCACAUAACUAUGGUUGCAAAGUCAGAGUCAGAUCUCUUGACCAGUGACCAUAGACUAACACCUGAAGUGCAGAAAAGCAAUAUUCCUGAAACUGUUUCAGAACCCCCGUGUUUUGAAGGACUUGCCACAUCUUCUGUCUCAGAGGAUGGCAUGGCACAAGGAACGUCUUUGAGUGAUGAAGGAGACAUGGGGCUGUUGCAGGGAACAGACACAGAGACGUCAGUGGAAGCAGAACACAUUCUUGCUCCAGCACAGCCACAGCCAGAGUCUGCCUGGAUUGCGGAAGAGCUUCCCUCUUCAAGCCAACCACUGCCGGAGCCCGAGCCUGAGCCUGAGCCCGAGCCUGAGCCCGAGCCAGAGCCAAUGGCCAGCACAAACCAGGAUUUCCUGGGGCUUGCAACUACUUCUUUAGAAACUAGUACUUCACUGUUUGAUGAGGCAGGAGUCAGUGAGAAUAACACGCUAGAAACACCAGGGAAUCAUUCUUGUCCUUUGCAAGAGGAACCUGUGCUUUGUGACAGAGAAAGUUCUCGUAUACUUCAUACCCCAAAAGAUCUACCUGCAGCCCCCCAGGAAACAGAGCAGACAAGGCCUCAUUUUGAGAUCCCAAAUAUGUCCAGUUGGCCAAAGCUUCACUUUACAUCCUCUCCUUCUGACCAUAGGAAGACACUGAGUUCUCUCUUUAACUCUUCUUGCUCAUCUGGCAACAUAGCAGCAGAGACUGGCUUAAUGUCAGGUUUUAAGAAGUUAUCCACUCUGUUUGAAGGAGCUAGUGAGGGGAAAGGGGGUAUCCUUGGAAAUGAGCCAAAACUAGUAUUCGGAAAGAAACUGGAUCUUUCCUUUCCAUGGUCAAAAGAGAAUAAAGGAGACCCUGAGCAGAGGCCUGCAGAAUCUUCUCCUCUGGUUUUGGUUGUUAGUGAUCACGACCUUACCAUCAGCAAGGCUAACAAAGUUUUAGAAUCUUCUCAAAUACCUAGUGCUAGUCCUGAGGUAGCUGACAUCUGUAUUCAACCCUCUGGAACCACUCAACAGUUGGAGGCCAAACCAAGUGACUGUGCUCACGGGCUUCCAAGAUCUGGUGAAGUGGAAAGCCAGCUGGAAAUGUCAGCAUCUGGAGAACACCGGGGUGCAGACGGCGGCCUGUCUGGGUCUGCCUGUCCUUCCGAGAAACACAGGGAGGAGCACUGCACUAUCUCUGGGCCACCUCAGCCAGAAAAGCAAGAAGAGGCGUCUGCUAACACUGGCUCUGUUUUAAAUGUGCAGCAGCUAGUCAUUCUGGAGGAUGUCAAGGAACCAGUGACCACUAAAAGCCCUGCCAGCAGUAGUAGGUAUGGCUCCUCCUGUAACGUGAGUCAAGGAAGCUCUCUGCUGAGUGAGCUAGACCCGUAUCACGAGCAAGAUGAUGAGCAUCGGGAGAGGGACUCCACUCAUUCUAGCCAUAGCUAUGGCAGCCUCUCCAAAGAUGGCCAGGGCGGUUUGGGAGAACAAGAGAAAGCCUUGGAUGUCACAUGUGAAUCAGAGAAGGGGGAAACAGGUGAAUCCAAGGAGCUGAGGGGCAGUGCCAUAAUCCACCCUCCUCCAGAUCUGGUGCUACACAAGGAGCACAUCCUAGGACCUCAGGAGAGUCUUCCAGAGGAGAAUGCAUCUUCACCAUUUACCCAAGCCCGAGCACACUGGAUCCGAGCAGUUACCAAGGUCCGACUCCAGCUGCAGGAGAUCCCAGAUGAUGGUGACCCCUCUUUGCCUCAGUGGCUCCCAGAAGGGCCAGCUGGAGGGCUCUAUGGCAUUGACAGCAUGCCAGAUCUACGAAGAAAGAAGCCACUGCCACUUGUCAGUGAUCUGUCACUGGUCCAGUCUCGGAAAGCAGGGAUUACUUCUGCAAUGGCUACACGUACUUCUCUCAAGGAUGAAGAACUGAAAUCACAUGUGUAUAAGAAAACUCUUCAGGCCUUAAUCUACCCAAUCUCGUGUACCACACCACACAACUUUGAGGUCUGGUCCGCCACUACACCUACCUACUGCUAUGAAUGUGAAGGCUUGCUCUGGGGCCUUGCCCGGCAAGGCAUGCGCUGCAGCGAGUGUGGAGUCAAGUGCCAUGAGAAGUGCCAGGACCUGCUCAAUGCCGAUUGCCUGCAACGCAUGGUGAAGGGAAAAGGAAAGAAAGCUUUUCAAUGCUGUUAUGACUAUCUCCCUUUCUUCUCGUCUCCCUUGCCCACCCCUCCACCACCCAACAAGAAGCAGGAACAACCACUAGAGGAACCAGGGCCCAGCAUUCGGAACUUGGAUUUCUGGCCCAAACUUAUUACACUCAUUGUGUCAAUCAUAGAAGAGGAUAAGAAUUCCUACACACCUGUUCUGAACCAGUUUCCUCAGGAGUUGAAUGUAGGGAAAGUCAGUGCAGAAGUGAUGUGGAAUCUGUUUGCACAAGACAUGAAGUAUGCAUUGGAGGAACAUGAGAAAGACCGGCUGUGCCAGAGCGCCGACUACAUGAACCUGCACUUCAAGGUGAAGUGGCUGUACAAUGAGUAUGUGCGGGACCUGCCUGCGCUCCAGGGGCAGGCGCCUGAGUACCCCACGUGGUUUGAGCAGUUUGUGCUGCAGUGGCUACAUGAGAAUGAAGAUGUGUCCUUGGAGUUCCUGCAUGGGGCCCUGGAACGAGAUAAGAAGGAUGGGUUCCAGCAGACAUCUGAGCAUGCACUCUUUUCCUGUUCUGUGGUGGACGUCUUUACACAACUCAACCAGAGCUUUGAGAUCAUCCGGAAGUUGGAAUGCCCGGACCCCACCAUCCUUGCCCACUAUAUGAGAAGGUUUGCGAAGACCAUCGGGAAAGUGCUGAUGCAGUAUGCAGACAUCUUAUCAAAGAACUUCCCAGCUUACUGCUCAAAGGAGAAACUGCCCUGCAUCUUGAUGAACAACAUGCAGCAACUGAGGGUCCAGCUGGAGAAGAUGUUUGAGGCCAUGGGAGGCCAAGAGCUGGACUCUGAAGCUGCAGACAGUCUGAAGGAGCUGCAGGUGAAACUGAAUACAGUUCUGGAUGAGCUCAGCAUGGUGUUUGGAAACAGCUUCCAGGUGCGGAUUGAUGAAUGCGUUCGACAAAUGGCUGACAUCCUGGGCCAAGUUCGGGGCACAGGGAAUGCAUCCCCCAAUGCCAGGACCUCGGUGGCUCAGGAUGCAGACAGUGUGCUGCGACCUCUCAUGGAUUUCCUGGAUGGCAACCUCACGCUUUUUGCUGCUGUGUGUGAGAAGACUGUUCUGAAGCGAGUCCUGAAGGAGCUCUGGAGGGUGGUGAUGAAUACCAUGGAACGGGUGAUCGUCCUGCCCCCACUCACUGACCACACAGGCACCCAGCUGAUCUUAACUGCUGCCAAGGAGCUGAGCCAGCUUUCCAAACUCAAGGACCACAUGGUACGAGAGGAAACAAGGAAUCUCACUCCAAAGCAGUGUGCCGUCCUCGACCUGGCCUUGGACACCAUCAAGCAAUACUUCCAUGCAGGAGGCAAUGGUUUGAAGAAAACCUUUCUGGAAAAGAGCCCAGACCUGCAGUCUCUGCGUUAUGCCCUGUCUCUUUAUACACAGACAACAGACACGCUCAUCAAGACAUUUGUGCGUUCACAAACUGCCCAGGGGGCCGGUGUGGAUGAUCCUGUGGGAGAAGUGUCUAUUCAGGUGGACUUGUUUACACAUCCUGGCACUGGGGAGCAUAAGGUCACAGUGAAAGUGGUAGCAGCCAAUGACCUCAAGUGGCAGACAGCAGGUAUGUUCCGGCCUUUUGUGGAAGUGACCAUGGUUGGCCCACACCAAGGUGAUAAGAAGAGGAAAUUCACAACCAAGUCUAAAAGCAACAACUGGACUCCCAAGUACAAUGAGACAUUUCACUUCCUCCUGGGAAAUGAAGAAGGUCCAGAGGCCUAUGAGCUGCAGAUCUGUGUGAAGGAUUACUGCUUUGCCCGGGAGGAUCAUGUGAUAGGACUGGCAGUGAUGCCUCUGAGGGAUGUGGCAGCCAAGGGCAGCUGUGCCUGCUGGUGCCCGCUGGGCCGGAAGAUCCACAUGGAUGAGACAGGCAUGACCAUUCUCCGGAUUCUGUCUCAGAGGAGCAAUGAUGAGGUAGCCCGGGAGUUCGUGAAGCUCAAAUCAGAGUCUCGUUCCACAGAGGAAGGGAGUUGAAAAUCUCUGGCUUGUGUGCCAACCAGACAGCAUCCAACUGCACAGACCUUCAGCAUAGAGUCCUCGUAGUCUGAAGGUGGGCUCUCCCAGUUAAGGAUAUCUAAGGAGAAUCUUGGGGUAGUAAGACUAUGGCUUUUCAGAGAAAAGUCCUGAAUCCCUAACCGGUAGGUCUGUGGUGCUAGGAGUUGGGCUGUGGGAUCUCCUUCAUAGGUAGGUCUUCCCAUAAAUAGAGAGGGACAGGCAUUUCCAAGAGUGUCAGCUAUUCUUGGUAGACAACGGUCCACUCCACUUGCCACUUGUACCUUUCUCUAAACCACACUUUGUCCAGUUUGACACUUAGAUGCUCAUCAUUAGAACUUGUUUAGAAGGACUGGAGCUUGUACCUGGCUGACUCCAUGGAGAUUGGCCAGAGCAAGAAGACACAGAAUGGAAUUCAUUGUCACUUGAGCAGCAAGACUGGUUUGUGUGGCGCCAAUCAGAAUGGGACUUGGAAACUGAACAAGAUGCCUCCUGCAAAGGAGCUGAGAUACUUCCUUUGCUCAGAAUAUCUGUCAUGUGUCAAAGCAGGUUCACAUGGUGCUUUGGAACCCUGAGAGCAGAGAGCAUUUCUUUGGAAUCCAGGCACCAGGGGUCUCACCAGCCCAGAGUACUCCCAAAUUCUCUCUUCCUGUGAGCAAGGAGGGAUGCUUAGGACACACACAGAGUUUUCUUGAAUAGUCUUUGAACAAAGCCAAAAAUUGUGGAAAACGGUCUAAAAAGAGUUGUCACCUGUGACUACAACCUUCUGGCUGUCCUCCUUACAGAAAACAUCUAGUCUUUGGCCUUCCUCUUUGGGGUCAGCUGCUAUUCCCCCAGGUUGGUCAGUCCUCUGGAUGGAGGGGACGUCAAAUGCUGUCCAGAAGGUCAGAGACAGACCCUGUCGGUGGGCCAGAUGAUAUUCCCGGACCCUUGCUCGGAAAUGUGACUUGGUCCUUGGAUUUCCUGACAGUAGCCUCCUGAAAUUGCUGAGCACUCAACAUUUGCACAGUGCACCAGUCAAUGCACGAAGACACCAAGCAUCAUCACUGUUUUUAGUUGCUAUAUGUGCCAUUGUUACAAUAAAUUUUAGGCUAGACUGUAAUAAAUUAUCUCAUAGCACCUUUA